AUUCUAAGACCAAGCCUGUUUUGUAUUCUAAGACCAAGCCUGUUUUGUAUUUUAAGACCAAGCUUGUUUUGUAUUCUAAGAUCAAGCCUGUUUUGUAUUCUAAGACCAAGCCUGUUUUGUAUUCUAAGACAAAGUCUGUUUUGUAUUCAAAGACAAAGUCUGUUUUGUAUUCUAAGACCAAGCCUGUUUUGUAUUCUAAGACCAAGAAUGUUUUGUAUUCUAAGACCAAGUCUGUUUUGUAUUCUAAGACUAAGCCUGUUUUGUAUUCUAAGACCAAGCCUGUUUUGUAUUCUAAGACAAAGUCUGUUUUGUAUUCUAAGACAAAGUCUGUUUUGUAUUCUAAGACAAAGUCUGUUUUGUAUUCUAAGACCAAGUCUGUUUUGUAUUCUAAGACCAAGUCUGUUUUGUAUUCUAAGACAAAGUCUGUUUUGUAUUCUAAGACAAAGUCUGUUUUGUAUUCUAAGACCAAGUAUGUUUUGUAUUCUAAGACCAAACCUCUUUUGUAUUCUAAGACGAUGCCUCUUUUGUAUUCUAAGACCCAGUCUGUUUUGUUUACAGCAAACCUCGAAAGGAAAUAAACAAUUCAUGCCGAGAUAG